UAUAUGUACCUACCUGCCUUUUUGUAAUAUUUGAUUAGUCCCAAUUUAAUAAAAAUAAAUAAUUUUGAAAUUAGAACUUCCAGAGUACCACUACACAUUUGACUAUGAUGGCGAGAAUGGCAGCAUCCCUAUAAUCACCCUCGAAGUAAUGUCUGAUUCAUCUAACCCCGAACCGAUCAUAUCCAACUACGUUGACGCAGCUACGACUAGCGGCCAUAUUGAUGACGCACUGACCAAGGAUACUGGAGUUCAUUUUCUGACCGAGCAGAUGCACGAUCAUGCUCCUAAACAAGAAAUGAAUAAAGAGGAAGGGAAAGAGGGAUCGAAAGGGCGGCAAGAAUUGUUGGAGUACAUGCUGCGGACUGACGGGAGUGUCAUCUGCAAGUUGUGCGGGGAAGUCCUGCAGAGUCGCACGCACUGGUACAGACACAAGUACAAGCGACACGCUGCACAGCCGACCAACCCCGCCCCACUAUUCCAAUGCGAACAAUGUUUCGUCUAUUUUAAAAGCAGAAAAGGAUAUAUCGGACACAUAGCAAGUAGACACAGUGAACUAUUAUCAGAUGCCAGUCCAGUUUUAACUAACACGCCAGCGGAACCUCUUGGGACAGACCAUUCGCAGCCGGUUGCGCAGGAGCCGAAGGAGGAACCUGAUCCAGAAUUGGUGCUACCGAAGUCAAGCGUGCCUAACUAUCAGACAUCUGUAGUAAAACACACAACGAAGGCAGAAACUAAAAAGUCGUAUCGAACCAAAGAACACAUAGUGAACCAAGCAGACUGGGAAGAAAAACGUUCUCGGGAGGAAAAACUGGUGGCCGACAUCAUAGACCGGGUACGCCGAGAGUGUGAAGCGCAGCCGACUCAAACUGCACCAGCUCGACGCAGCUACUCGCGGCGUGCAACGGUCAUGCACACGUUGAGACAAACAGACGCCCUGACGUAAGCACGACAUUCGAAGUUCCUGUAGGAUAGCUUUAAUAUUAAGACAAACAGCGUCUGUUAAAAAACGUGUGGAUGUCCAAAAUUACUCAAAAUACGACUUAUUUUGCUAUGCAGUACUGCAAUAUCCAGUAGCCUGGGUACCUACUGCAGUACUGCUAGAUUACCUACUGAGGGAGAAAAUUAAUUAGGUGUUAGUGCGGCACACGUUAAAACUGUUAUGGUAAAAGUGACUUGCCUUAGUUACCUGUUAACCAUUUAUUCAUUAAUGCUGCUCUAUUCACGUCUGGCUACACUGCGGGUUCAGCAACAGUUUCAGCAAAGCGACUGAUUGAAUUCAAAUGACCCUCAUUCUUAGUAACACUUAAUAAAAGAUGUCUUAUCGGCCUAACAAAGUGAGAAAUCACACCUGCUCAUAUUUUGUGCCAGUCAAUAAAAGUUAAUAAGGGAGUCCUGCGAGGAUAAAGGCUAUUAUCUAAAUAGAAACGUGUGUUUCAAAAAGUUGUAAAUAAAGUAUUCUGUGCCAAUUGCUAAAAAAAAUGAUGUGCCAACUAAAUUUCAGAUCAUGUAAAUACAUUACAUAUUACAAUCUUAACUAUUAAUAUUACUAUCAAUGUCUAUCCAAUAUGAAUAUUAAUUUUUGUGAAAUAUUUGUAGUUAAUCUAGGUUUAAUUCAAAUCAUGUCUAAAAUCGUCAUUAAUGUGACAUGUUCCUAUUCGUUCCAUUGGAAAGUCAUAUCAACCGUAUGUGAAAUACUUACCUAAUUAUAAACUAUUUCUGACUGAGGAUGUUUGGUUUCACACUAGGCAUAUAGUUAACGUCCGAUUCAAAUCUGUGAUGAUCGGAGACGGAAAACUACAGCUGAAUUCAGAUACUGCUUUUAGCACUACCAUAUUCAUUGGCUGACGUGAUGGACGGAUGCAAUCACUGAACCGUAUUAUCACUGAAAUCGCAGAGACACGUCAGAGAUCUCCUCUUCCUCUCUAGUAAAAUAUACAAAAAUAAUUUGAUUGCCAUUGUCAUUAAACUAUCAUCUACUUUUACCUUCCGUAUCAAACCUAUAGGUUAAAUUUUACGUACUUAACUGUAACUAAUUCUGUCCUGAAUUCGUCUAUGUUGAAUUUAUUAUUAUAAUGGCUAUAAAUAUAGGAACGAAACGUGAGACUGAAAGUAACAAUAGACAGUUAGAUUCUCCUGAAAUGCCUACGUUACUAGCAAAUGUAAGGGAGUAGAAUUACUGAUCAGCGAUAAGUACCGUAUUCUACACUUUUAUCAUAAUUUUAUUAUCUACUACGUCACGUGUUUUAAAUGAAGCGGAUAGUUUUUAUUA